UUAGGGAAGAGUGCCUUGGAGCAUUCUGACGUGCGCAUUCGACGCUGUGUAAUGUUGAUGCGCCUGCCGCACAGCGUAACUCCGGAUGAUGUGCGAGGAAUUGCGCGCUCUGACGUCAAUAUACUUAACAGAAUUAAUAAAGCUAAUUCGUAUUUCCACAGUCCGACUCCUUUACAACCGCCAUUUCAAACCUAACGGUAGAGCGAUCGUCACACUUGGAACCUAUAAAGCUGCGGAAUCAUUCGCAGAACUAGCUCGCCAGUCCACGGUCGGCGGGGAACCCUUACAUGCCAAAGUUAUCACGACACGCGAAGCUGCAGAAAUCCUCCUUCCAAUGAUUGGAGGAUCCGACAGACCCGUCGGAUUCUUUAAUGCAAUGCACCUCCGAUCGUCGCUUGCAUCUGUUCUGUUGAAUGAAGGCACUUUUUCAGGUCGCUUAGUUCACAUGCGCGGUUUGCCGCAGCGUUGUAAUGCGGGGCGCAUCGCUCGCUUGCUGGAAAAAGGCGCGUACGCGCUGGAUCGGCCUGGCGGUCUAGCCGCUUGGAAUCGGUAUUUGGAUGCGUCGCAGAGAGCUAAGAGAGAAGCAUCCAACAAGCAGCGGUGCGUAGACGUUGAUGGAACAGAAGGAGAUAGGCACUUGGCAACCAGUGGUAAGACAGGGCUGGUCCGACCGGUCAUGGAAGUACCGCGCUCACACCAAGACUCGGCGACGAGAUCGUUCUUGAUCCGAUUUAAGACGGAAAGUGAAGCGCACCGAUUCGUGCGACGCUGGCAUCGCAUCCCGUUCGACCCAGAGCGCUUUGGAGCGACUUACACUGUUGAUACUUGCAUCUUGCAUUGAUUAUUGAUCCUUCAUCAUGGGGGAAGAAGGCAUUUGAGGAGCAGCGUAAUCGAUACACGGAUUUUGAUGAUCACGGAUCAUAGGUCUGCCAUAUACACAUUGAUCUUCUCUACUCUGAAUGAUCUCGAAGGAACGUUGGAUUUGUGUCAAGUUACGUUUGCUCGGAGGCCAGAAUCUGCCCCGUUCUCCUGGUGGUUGUAGGGUUGAACUGGCACCUGACCUUGCUCUACUAGGCUUACGAGUCGCCCU